AUGGAGCUGUGGCGCCAGUGCACCCACUGGCUCAUCCAGUGCCGGGUGCUGCCACCCAGCCACCGCGUGACCUGGGAGGGGGCCCAGGUGUGCGAGCUGGCGCAGGCCCUCCGGGAUGGCGUCCUCCUGUGCCAGCUGCUCAACAACCUGCUGCCCCAGGCCAUCAACCUKCGAGAGGUCAACCUGCGCCCCCAGAUGUCUCAGUUCCUGUGCCUCAAGAACAUCCGGACCUUCCUGUCCACCUGYGGAGAGAAGUUCGGCCUCAAGCGGAGUGAGCUCUUUGAGGCCUUCGACCUCUUUGAUGUGCAGGAUUUUGGAAAGGUCAUCUGCACCCUCUCUGCGCUGUCCUGGACCCCGAUCGCCCAGAACAAGGGCAUCAUGCCCUUCCCCACUGAGGAGGACACUUUGGGUGACGAGGACAUCUACAGUGGCCUGUCGGACCAGAUUGACGACACCGCGGAGGAGGAUGAGGACCUGUACGACUGCGUGGAGAACGAGGAGGCYGAGGGCGACGAGAUCUACGAGGACCUCAUGCGCUCGGAGCCCGUGCCCAUGCUGCCCAAGAUGACCGAGUACGACAAGCGGUGCUGCUGCCUGCGGGAGAUCCAGCAGACGGAGGAGAAGUACACGGACACCCUGGGCUCCAUCCAGCAGCACUUCAUGAAACCCUUGCAGCGGUUCCUCACGCCCCAGGACAUGGAGAACAUCUUUGUCAACAUCGAGGACCUGCUUCGUGUGCACACCCUCUUCCUAAAGGAGAUGAAGGAGGCCCUGGCCACCCCGGGAUCACCCACCCUGUACCAAGUCUUCAUCAAAUACAAGGAGAGGUUCCUUGUCUAUGGCCGCUACUGCAGCCAGGUGGAGUCUGCCAGUAAGCACCUGGACCAAGUGGCCACGGCCCGGGAAGACGUGCAGAUGAAGCUGGAGGAAUGUUCUCAGCGCGCCAACAACGGCAGGUUCACCCUGCGGGACCUGCUCAUGGUGCCCAUGCAGCGGGUGCUCAAGUACCACCUCCUUCUCCAGGAGCUGGUGAAGCAUACGCAGGACACAGUGGAGAAGGAGAACCUGCGGCUGGCCCUGGACGCCAUGAGGGACCUGGCGCAGUGCGUGAACGAGGUCAAGAGGGACAACGAGACCCUGCGGCAGAUCACCCACUUCCAGCUGUCCAUUGAGAACCUGGGCCAGUCUCUGGCCAACUUUGGCCGGCCCAAGAUCGAUGGGGAGCUCAAGAUCACUUCCGUGGAAAGGCGCACCAAGACGGACAGGUAUGCGUUCCUGCUGGACAAAGCUCUGCUCAUCUGCAAGCGCCGGGGGGACUCCUACGACCUCAAGGUCUUUGUGAACCUGCACAGCUUCCAGAUCCGGGAUGACUCCUCCGGAGACCGAGAAAACAAGAAGUGGAGCCACAUGUUCCUCCUGAUCGAGGACCAAGGCGCCCAGGGCUACGAGCUGUUCUUCAAGACUCGAGAGCUGAAGAAGAAGUGGAUGGAGCAGUUUGAGAUGGCCAUCUCCAACAUCUACCCAGAGAACGCCGCCGCCAACGGGCACGACUUCCAGAUGUUCUCCUUUGAGGAGACCACCUCCUGCAAAGCCUGCCAGAUGCUGCUCAGAGGCACCUUCUACCAGGGCUACCGCUGCAGUCGGUGCCGCGCACCUGCACACAAGGAGUGUCUGGGGAGGGUCCCUCCAUGCGGCCGACACGGGCAAGACUGUGCCGGAACUAUGAGGAAGGAUAAGCUGCAUCGAAGGGCUCAGGACAGAAAAAGGAGUGAACUCGGCCUGCCUAAGAUGGAGGUGUUUCAGGAGUACUACGGGCUCCCCCCGCCUCCCGGAGCCUUCGGGCCUUUUCUCCGCCUCAACCCCGGUGACAUCGUGGAGCUGACCAAGGCCGAGGCCGAGCAGAACUGGUGGGAGGGCAGGAAUACAGCUACCAACGAAGUCGGCUGGUUUCCCUGCCACAGGGUGAAGCCCUACGUCCACGGCCCUCCUCAGGAYCUGUCUGUCCAUCUCUGGUACGCUGGCCCCAUGGAGCGCGCGGGCGCAGAGAACAUCCUCACCAACCGCUCCGACGGGACCUUCUUGGUGCGGCAGAGGGUGAAAGACUCAGCGGAAUUUGCCAUCAGCAUUAAGUAUAAUGUCGAGGUCAAGCACAUCAAAAUCAUGACGUCAGAAGGACUGUACCGGAUCACCGAGAAGAAGGCUUUCCGGGGCCUGGUGGAGCUGGUGGAAUUUUACCAGCAGAACUCCCUGAAGGACUGCUUCAAGUCCCUGGACACCACCUUGCAGUUCCCCUACAAGGAGCCCGAGAGGAGAGCCAUCAGCAAGCCAGCAGCAGGGAGCGCCAAGUACUUUGGCACAGCCAAAGCCCGCUAUGACUUCUGUGCCCGCGACCGAUCGGAGCUGUCCCUGAAGGAGGGCGACAUCAUCAAGAUCCUCAACAAAAGGAGGCAGCAAGGCUGGUGGAGAGGGGAGAUCUACGGCCGGGUCGGCUGGUUCCCUUCCAACUAUGUAGAGGAAGAUUACUCUGAAUACUGCUGAGCCCGGUGCGCUGGCAGAGAGGGGAGACACUCCAGGCUCUGAGCCCAGGAUGAGCCGCAAGCAGGACCACGGGCUGUGACAGGUCCCAGUGGGCGGAGAGUCUAGAUGGACUGUCCAGGGCCAGCAUCCAGUUGGCAGGACUCCCGGGAUGGUGCCCUGCUAUGGUUAAUUUAUA